UUCUUUUCCAGUAAUUGCCCUUCAUUCCUGGCCUCUGCUCUAGCCAGAGCAACUUCAGAUGAAAUCCUGCAGAGCGACCUGUCAGCACAUUUCCUGCCCAAGCACGUGGACAACGCCGAUGGCAUCAUCCAGAUCGAGACAGUGAAGUUGGCCCGUUUAGUUUACAGCAAACUGCACGAGAUCUGCAGCAGCUGGGUGAAAGAUUUCCCCCUGCAGCCCAAGCCCCACCGCUACUACGAGACCUCCAUCCACGCCAUCAAGAACAUGCGCAGGAAGAUGGAGGACAAGCACGUCUGCAUCCCUGACUUCAACAUGCUCUUCAACCUCGAGGACCAAGAAGAACAAGCUUAUUUUGCAGUGUUUGAUGGCCAUGGAGGAGUGGAUGCUGCCAUCUAUGCCUCCAUCCACCUGCACGUGAACAUGGUGCACCAGGAGAUGUUCCAGCACGACCCAGCCGAGGCUCUGUGCCGCGCCUUCCGCGUGACCGACGAGCGCUUCGUGCAGAAGGCAGCCCGGGAGAGUCUGCGCUGUGGAACCACCGGGGUGGUGACUUUCAUCCGAGGGAAUAUGCUGCAUGUGGCCUGGCUGGGGGACUCCCAGGUCAUGCUUGUGAGGAGAGGCCAAGCUGUGGAACUGAUGAAACCCCACAAACCAGAUCGAGAGGAUGAGAAGAAGCGAAUCGAGGCCCUGGGUGGCUGCGUGGUCUGGUUUGGAGCCUGGAGGGUGAACGGGAGCCUCUCUGUCUCCAGAGCUAUUGGGGACGCCGAGCACAAGCCAUACAUCUGUGGGGACGCAGACUCUGCCUCCACGGUGCUGGAUGGCUCUGAAGACUACCUCAUUCUGGCCUGUGAUGGCUUCUAUGACACAGUGAACCCCGAUGAGGCAGUCAAAGUGGUGGCUGACCAUCUGAAGGAGAAUAAUGGUGACAGCAGCAUGGUAGCACAUAAAUUGGUGGCAUCUGCUCGGGACGCCGGCUCCAGCGACAACAUCACGGUCAUUGUGGUGUUUCUCAGGGACAUGAACGCCGCGGUCGCGGUCAGCGAGGAGUCGGACUGGACAGAGAACUCUUUCCAAGGUGGCCAAGAAGACAAUGGGGAAGACAAGGAGAACCACGGAGACUGCAAACGGCCCUGGCCCCAGCACCAGUGCUCAGCACCUGCGGAUUUAGGCUAUGAGGGACGAGUGGACUCCUUCACCGACAGAACUAGCUUAAGCAUAGGCUCCGGCGUUAACCCCUUGGAUGAUCAAGGCUAUUUAGACCUGACAAAAACAGAAACUAGUACACCUCAGAGUGCCAAAUGUCUGCCACCAGUCCAAGUGUUUAGUCCUGGCAUACCAAAGAGCGCGGGUUCGAUCAGCAGCUCCGCGGUGAAGAGCGAGUCCUCGGGCUGCGCACGGAGCGAUCGCAGCGAGGACGGACGGAGCGAUCGCAGCGAGGACACCGCCCCUCUGAGCUCGGGAGCUGCAGGGCAGGGCAUCUACAGGGUCAGGGGUUUGUCCCCCGUCUUGUUCGGGCUGGAAGAUGAACUGUUCAAAUCCUUGGGAAAACGAGCAGCGUUCCCUCAUUUCCGGCUCUGCAGUGGGAAGAGGCGGCGAGGAGCCCGGCUCAAACCAAAGUUUCACACGCCGCUCUGGGCUCACGAG